GUUUGAUGAACUCAACAUUCCUGCUGUCGCAAAAACUACAUUAAAAUUUGGUGAGGGAAAAGCAACUUUUAAGGGAGUAAAAUUGGAUCGUGAACGACUAACCCUUGGUGGAUUGCGCGACUUCGAAGGCAAAUUAUCUAAUGAUCCAAUUUUGCUUUCGUUAGAAAAUCUUAAAUAA